AUGCUUAGUAAUACACUUAUUAUUGCCUGUUUAUUGGUGAUAGGGACAACCAUAGCGCUAAUAGCAGUGCAAAAGGCAUCCUCCAAGACAGGGAUCAAGCAAAAAAGUUAUCAACCAUCUAUUAUCAUUGCAGGUCCUCAAAAUUCUGGAAAAACGAGCUUGCUUACGCUGCUAACCACAGAUUCAGUAAGACCAACUGUUGUUUCUCAAGAACCGUUAUCAGCAGCGGAUUACGAUGGUUCCGGCGUCACGUUAGUGGACUUCCCAGGCCAUGUCAAGUUGCGUUAUAAACUCUCAGAUUAUUUGAAAACAAGAGCCAAAUUUGUUAAAGGGUUGAUAUUUAUGGUAGACUCAACAGUUGAUCCUAAGAAAUUAACAACAACAGCUGAGUUCUUGGUAGACAUAUUAUCAAUUACUGAAUCUAGUUGCGAAAAUGGUAUUGAUAUCUUAAUUGCAUGCAAUAAAAGCGAAUUGUUCACUGCAAGACCACCAUCAAAGAUCAAGGAUGCUUUAGAAAGCGAAAUUCAAAAGGUUAUUGAAAGAAGGAAAAAAUCGUUGAACGAGGUUGAAAGAAAAAUUAACGAAGAAGAUUAUGCAGAGAAUACACUAGACGUUUUACAGUCUACCGACGGGUUCAAAUUUGCAAAUUUGGAAGCAUCUGUAGUUGCUUUUGAGGGCAGUAUUAAUAAAAGAAAAAUUUCCCAAUGGCGCGAAUGGAUAGAUGAAAAACUGUAA